UUCCCACUCUCUAAUUGAAAUACUUACAUUUCUAAUUACACGUGAGGGUAUGCCAACGUUUCACGUGCACUAACAGCUGGGUCAUUCAUUUCCGCGCGGGGGAGUCAAGUUCCACGACAAAUUUCCAAACAUUUGUGUCGGGAAUAAGGGCGUAUUGGAGCAGCAAAAACUUGUAUCGCGUGCUGUGAAGCCCACGGCACGAGCCACUAGUACCUCAUAGGAGUUACGUCACCGCGUGUAGUUUCAUGGGAUGGGGGUACGUGAUCAGGAAUUGGUGAUAAGGGUGACUUCAGUGCACUCCCUAAGUUGCUAUGGUGAUACGAAAUGACUCCGGUGCACUAUGUAAGUACAUACACUGUUCCCCAAAGUCAUGGAUUAUUUGUUCACAAUGUGAAAAAAAGUUAUUACUGAUUAAUGCAAACUGAACGUCAACGGUAAGGCAAAACGGCUGACUGGACAAAGGAUCUACAUGACCACAGUAAUUAUACGUUUUACAGAAGUGUGUAAUCCACCAGUGAUAUACAUAUACGAUACUUCCUGGCUUUAAUUGGUCUGUGUCUGUAAGUCUGGCCCUUGUUACAGUUGACAGCCGGUAUUACAUAGCCUCCUUCUGUUUCUGAAGUAUUAUGCUUCAUUACUCCUGUCUGAUGACAAUUGCCUAUGGAUAACAAUGGAAAGGAUAUAGAGACAGACGAGGACGUUGUGACUCUGUAAGUAAAGUGUACUCCCUGUGUGUGUAGGUUCUGUUGUGAUACCAUGGGGACACUCCGAGACUUACAGAUGUCACUGAAUGAAAAGAUAGAGGAAUUACGUCAACGGGACGAACUCAUUGACGAGUUAGAGUCGGAGUUGGACGAGAAGGAUGUCCUCAUUAAGAAACUGCAGAACGAGUUGGACAAGUACCGGUCCAUCUUGAAGCCUGCAACACCACCUGUGAAAAAACGGAUGGCCAUGACGAGGGAGCGUAUCAAAAGGACAGCCAUAUCUGCCGAACCUGCAUGUCAUUCUGUGUUGAGUUUAUAUAAGGCUAAACGAAUUCCUAAGUCACCACCUACUAGGGACCUAAUAAGACAAGCGAUCCUUGACAACGACUUCAUGAAAAACCUGGACAUGGGUCAAAUCCGGGAGAUCGUGGACUGUAUGUAUCCAGUCGAGUACACUCAGGACAGUCUCAUCAUCAACGAGGGCGAGGUGGGCUCUCUGGUUUACGUAAUGGAAGAGGGGAAGGUAGAAGUGACAAAGGACUCCACAAAACUCUGUACAAUGGGACCGGCUAAAGUGUUCGGGGAACUCGCCAUCCUCUACAACUGUACCCGCACAGCAAGCGUCAAAGCAAUCACCGCCUGUAAGUUAUGGGCGAUAGACCGACCAUGUUUCCAGAGCAUCAUGAUGAGGACGGGACUAAUGAGACAUACGGAAAACUUGGAAUUUCUCAGAAGCGUCCCAACAUUCAAACAUCUUCCCGAGGAGUCGCUCAGUAAAAUCGCCGAUGUCCUCGAAGAGGCUCACUACAACAAUGGCGACUAUAUUAUACGACAGGGGGCGCGCGGUGACACAUUCUAUAUCAUCGCCAAGGGCAAGGUGAAGGUCACAAAGAAGACAUCAAAGGCAGGAGAUGAUCAGGUGAUUCGGUUCCUUCAGAGGGGCGAGUUCUUCGGGGAGCGUGCACUUCAGGGGGAAGAUGUUCGGACGGCCAGUAUCGUGGCUGCUGACCCGGCCGGAGUGGACUGUCUGGUCAUUGAUAGAGAGUCGUACUCACAGCUAAUCAGUGAUCUAGACGAGCUCAAGCGAGUGUACGAAGAUGAGGAUGAAAAAGCCGUGUUCGACCCGGAGUUUGUCAAACUCAAGCUUAGCGACAUCAGUAUCGUUGCCACGCUUGGAGUCGGGGGUUUCGGCCGCGUGGAACUGGUCCAGGUAAACAAUGAUAUCACAAAGACAUUCGCCCUGAAGAUCCUCAAAAAGCAUCACAUCGUGGAGACGAGACAGCAAGAACAUAUCAUGAACGAGAAGAAGAUCAUGUCCGAAUCGAGAUCCGACUUCAUUGUGAGAUUGUAUCGGACGUUCAAGGACAGAAAAUACCUGUACAUGUUACUAGAGGUCUGCUUAGGUGGGGAGCUCUGGACUGUUCUCCGAGACAAGGGUUCGUUUGACGACAGUACGACACGGUUUUAUACGGGCUGUGUGGUGGAGGCGUUCGCUUACCUACAUAACAAGGGCGUCGUCUACAGGGAUCUCAAACCAGAAAACCUCCUCAUCGACACUCAGGGAUACGUCAAACUGGUGGACUUUGGGUUCGCGAAAAAGGUCGGACUAGGGAGGAAGACCUGGACCUUCUGUGGCACCCCUGAAUAUGUGGCGCCGGAAAUCAUUCUCAACAAAGGUCACGAUAUUUCAGCAGACUACUGGUCACUGGGAAUACUCAUGUUCGAGCUACUGACGGGCAGUCCGCCGUUUUCCGGCCAGGAUCCUAUGAAAACAUACAACAUCAUUCUGAAGGGUAUCGAUGCGAUAGACUUCCCACGCAAGAUCACAAAGAACGCCCAAAACCUAAUCAAGAAACUAUGCAGGGAGACUCCGUCAGAACGUUUAGGGUUCGGGCGGGGCGGAGUGCGAGAGAUACAAAAACACAAAUGGUUCGAGGGAUUUAACUGGGAUGGUCUAAAGAAACGGAGUCACAAGCCGCCUAUAACUCCAGCAAUAAAAGGCACAACAGAUACCUCAAACUUCGACGAUUACCCAGAAGAGGAAGACGAUCCACCUCCGGAUGAUGUUACAGGUUGGGACAAGGAUUUUUGAUGGCAGAUCACAUGAUAUGUACUUUAAAGUGAAAGUGAUGACCUGCGUAUGAGGUGAUCUUACCUGAUCACAAACGAAAGUCGUGGAAGGAUAGCGCAUUAUGGCAGAACCAUAAUAUCCCAAAAAGCAAUUUUUGAGGAGUUUGAACAAUUCAGUGUCAAACGUAUAGCCUCAGUUGAAGUGUAGGAAGUGACGUCAUAGGCCUUACCAUCCGUCCUUACAGAAACCAGGGAGUCGAGCUAGUGGAAUGACGUCACACUGACAUAGUGGAAUGGCGCCUAUAAUAUAACCUAUGCAAACUGUUCAAUGACUAGUGCUACUCCCGAGGCCGACCAAAGUAAGGCGACAGGCUGUGAUAAUGAAGUGUUCGACAUUGUGUGGUAUCAUGAUCUCCGUCUCGUUAUAGUAGACAUUUGUGUGAAUACUUUCCAGUGUCCGCUGUGUGUCUUGCACCAAUACCUUGUGCUGACAGCCCACGUGGCUGUCAUGCACUGCUCUCAUCCUCCAUAGAACCACGUGCUGUAACUUUGGUUCGAGUUUUGGAUGCAACAAACAACAAACAGAGAUUCUAUUUCGAUUGAUUUGGCAAGAUUCAGAUCGAUUUGUUUAAUUGUUUGCCCAGAAUCCGAAAGACAUGCACUCGUAAAAUGACUAUAUUUCCCUACACCGUCCAAAUAUUCUCAGAUAAUCGGAUGUAAAAGAUGCAAAAAAUAAGAUUUGAUUACGAAUGAAUAAAUACUUGAGUGAUUCAUCAGGCUAUGAACACUGCUUGUAUACGGUAUAUUGAUUCAGGAGUACAGUCCAAACAUUGUGUUAUUACUUUAUUGGAUAGCUUUGUUUGGCAUUUUGAUAGUUUUAAUUGUUUAAUGCAGCUAAUAUAUUAGUCCCAAUAUGCUCAUCCAUGAUGUCUAUAGGAUUAAGGACGUGUAGUAGGUCCAGUACUGGAACAACUGUAAAUCAGGUAGAUUUCGCGAGACAUUUAUUUUGAGAAUGUUCAAUCCGCUAAAUUCACAUCACGGGAAUUAAAGGAUGAUCGUAAGACACGUGAUCGGCCUAUACAAUUUGUAUCAGGUACAGUAUGCCAAAAUGAUUUGCACGGCACCGUACAGCUGAUUGAAACGCAAUGACGGAAACAAUUGUUAUUUACUUUAAAUUGCUAAAUACAAUAUUCCGUAAAGUCUAAUAAAUGCAAGGUUAUCAAUGCAGACAGUCAAUUUAGCAUUUGAGCUGAUAUUUGUUUUCGCGCAAAUUAUCAAAAAGAUGGAUGACUAAUUACAACAUUUCGCAAACAUUUAUCAACACCCAGUCAAAGAUGUAGCAUCGAUCUGUUUCCCUUUGCGAAAGAAAAACCACGUGAAUGAGCGGAACUCGUGAAAACUAUGUGAUUUACUGAAACAGGUAUGAAGAAAGUAUAGUGAUAUGUAUAUGAAUAUAUAAUUUAAUAUAUAGCAAUGUAACGGCUGAUAAUAGCUACUGAAUUUAGACAUUAUGUAGAGAGAUAUAACAUGGAGUUGAAAUCUUGAAUACAAUACACGUAAAACACCGGUAAACCAGCUGUUUGACUGACGUUGACUGUGAGUAUUCAGCAGAAUUGUGCCACAAAUGAUAUUUGUUAUAGGGGGAAAGAGAGGGGGGGGGGGGGGGGGGGGUAUGAUUUGGAGGUAGUGUCAUUUUAACAUACUAAAAAGUUAAUUGAGGGGAGCUAAGUAAAAGCAUCGCUUAUACAGGGGUAUGGUUUUAAGUGAUAGCGACUAUAUAAAUGUGGGGUUAUAGAUAACAUUAAGUACUAUACUGUGUGUGAGUGUUGACACUGAGUGGGUAGAGAGAUCGGUGUAGUUAACGUAACACUAGAUAUUACCCUCGUGUACAUACGUUUUCGUGGUUUUAGUGUUUAGUGUUCAUCUCCGAUUACAGUUGGGGUAUAUAGUUGUUGGGGUGUAUUUAUUAAUAAUGGUUUAUUAUAUAUACUGACGAGUGGGAUGUUGUUUUCAGUUUACAUGGUAUAAAAUGGCACCCUAAUAUUUGCCUCGAUUGUGGUGGCCAGUUCUACCCGUACAUAACUACGGUCUACUCUAAUACUUGUGGACGGAUACCCUGUCUCCCAACAUCUACUCCGAUCCAGAACGAUUCAACCGAUACUGACCUGGCCCCAGAAUCAUGAAAUGAUCUUAAGUAUAAAUUUGACUUCAGUUUGAACUUAACGUCUAAGAUUGUAUCAUGGUCCCGGGGCCUGGUAUUACUAUCUUUAAACACCUGAUUGCUUCUCAAUCUAUAGAAUAAAAAUCAGAUCAAAAGAAAGGCAUUACUAUAUUUAUACGGAUUAUUGUUCAUUUACUUUCUGUAUUGAAAUAGUGUUUGUGAUAUUUUUCUGUAUACCUGUUUGUAUAACAUGUAUCUCAUUGUGUUGAUGACGUUUAUACUGGUGCUGCAGGCUAACCUGUCCGUCCGUCGUUAUCGGACGUACGGACGGACACACAAUUCCCGUGUACUACUUGCCAUAGUUGGGUGUUCAACUGGAGGGUAACGUGCCUUACAUAGUGGCUGGGGUGUACUCGUGAUUAUUUUUAAUAGAAAAUAAAGAAAUAUGAAAUACUCUUA